GUCUUCCUCCCAAAAUAAACAGACCAAAAAAAAAAGGAAAAUUUUGAACUUUUCUGCUCUAGAAAUUUGCAUUGAUCGAUAAUUGCAUUUGCUGAGAUAUAGAGAAAGAUACAUACAGAGAAAAUGAAUGAUGAUAUUUUUGAAGGAUUACCACCUCCUUCUAGUCAAAAUCAACAAGUAUUAGUAGAAGAUAGCAAUACUUCAAAUAACAGAAAGCCAUCAUCACCGCCAUCGCCACGACCACAACAAGUAGCUCCAAUUCCACUUUUGAAAAGUGCCCUUAAGCGCUCUAAGCCAAUUGAAUCUAACCCAGUUCCUGAAGAAAAUGCACCUGAAAAAGCCGCUGCAUCAGGGAAACGAUUGAGGUUUAAAACCACAACAGAUGCCUCAGAGAAGCAACUAGUAGAGGCCAUGGAGAAGAUAGCUUCACACAUCAAGAAUCCUUCAAAGUUUGCUAAGGCGUCUAAGCUUGCUAUACAGUUAAUUCAGGCUGGAAGUGUAAAACCAGGAACUAGUGACCACUUCUUUGCUAUACUUGAGGCAGCAAUGUCAUCAGGCACCUCUUGUACUGAUCCUUCUUUGCGUGCAGAUUAUCAUGCCUUGUUCUCAGUGGCACAGGAUGCUGCUGAAUGCCUUAGUAAGAAGCAAAAGCAUCAAUUAGCUACAUGGAGAAUUAGGGCAGUGGUGGCAAAUGACUUAUACACUGAUGACAGCUUUGUGUUUUCAAAAACAGCUGCACAAGUAAAAGAGGCCAUUACUAAUCUUCCAGUUGCAACUGAAGAUGAUGACAUAGAAGAAGCCGCAGCCCUCAAAGAUGAAACAGGAAAGAAUGAUGAAGACAGUAAAAAAAGGCAUGAUUUAUCUUCAGGUGCUUCCGCUGAAGAAAAUUAUAAGAAUGAGUCUGAUCCAUUUGGGCUUGAUGCUUUUUUGAGCACAUCGAAGAAAGAUGAAAGCACAAAGGGGAAGAAAGAUACAUUGGCCAAUACGGGCAAGGAGGAGGAGGAAGAGAAUAAGAGAUAUCUUAAAGCUCAGAGGGAGUCCCUGAUUAUUUGUCUAGAAAUUGCUGCACAUCGUUACAGAAUUCCAUGGUGCCAAACAGUGAUAGACAUCUUGGUUAAGCAUGCCUUUGAUAAUGUUUCAAGGUUCACAUCUCGACAAAGGGAUGCCAUAGAGAAACUUUGGGCUUCUAUUCGGGAGCAGCAAACUCGUAGAAAGCAAGGGAAAUCAGUUAGUGGGAAACUUGAUGUGACUGCUUUCGAACAUCUUCAAGAAAAAUAUUCAACUGAGAAAAUCAGCAUCCGCCAUUCUGUUGGUGGCAGCGGAGACCGUCGUGCUCAACAGUGGCUUGGUUAGCACCUUUUCUUUACAUUGUAAUACUGCAGUUAUGACGGCAGCUUAACACCCAGAAAACAAAUUAAAAUUAGUUCUGCUUAUUCCAUUGUAACAAGUAUUACACUGUAAAACAUUCUCAUUCAGGAGAUAUUCUACUUGUAUAACAUGUUACAUUUCUCUCU